GCGUACUGCGGAGCAGUUCAUUUCUGUAAUGGCCGAUGUCUGGCGUUGUGGGUGAGUCGGUCUCCUUUUGCAUUCUCGCGUUUACACAAGGAACUGCGUUGCAUCCGAUCGCUCACGGGAGUUCCAUUCGCUGUUUUUGGACGACAAGAAGUGCGAACCAUCCUCCGGUGCAUCGUGAACACGUUGAUACCUAGUAGUGACUCCACCGAGCACCAUCGAGACAAAAAUUCAAAUCUCUGGUGUUUACUCUGUUUACUCGAUAAUCGCGUGCGGAGCGGCUCGUGGAUCCGCAAAGCGACGUUCUCAUCAUCGAAACACGGGUGAUCCACCGUCGUGAUCGCGGCAUGCGGUCCAGAAACGAGGCUCGGAGUCGCGUCGUUCCGGAGUCGCUCAGCUUCGUCCUCGGACAGUAAACAAAAGUGACAGCGUGCGGAUGCCGUUCGGUCAUGCCACCCGCCCCGACAGUAGUAUUUGACGUGUUGUGUCCCUCGCCGAGCCCGAAUUCCUUCACGUGGUUCAAGGUCUUCUAAAAUCAUCUUGACGCCACGCUGCCAACCUGGCCCCAGUGAGUUUCACGCCGCUUUCGCGAUCGAAUGUAUCCCGAGUGUGUUGUUGUCGAUGACAGCGAUCUCGAGCGAACUUUUAUCCGGUUAUUGUGCUCCCCCCGAGGAUUUCUACCAGGAUUUUCGAUAAGAACGACGUAAGCUGGGGUAGCCAAGAGAAAAGGAAUAGCAGACACUACAAUUGCGUUUGUACAAAGUUCUUCCAGGAUAGUACAAGCCUCCACCGAUCUUUUCGAAGGGGAGAGAGAUGUGCCAAGAGUCGUCGUUGCGGAUGUUCCACGUGCUGGAGUUCAUCGACGCCGAUUUACCGCACUGCGUCCCCUGCUAGGACCAUGUCCUUCCGGACGAACGCGUGAUACCACUGCCAAUACGAGGACAGAUUAUACCCGAAAGUACACGCGAUCCUGAGAUGCCGGAUUACCGCCUGAAGGACGUAGCUCGUCGCCUCGCAAGUCUUCCCGAUUGAGCACCGACGACCUCGUUCGUCACGUCCAGCGACAAGACUGAUAAUCCGUGUAAUGCAGCGCGCGGAGGCGACGACCUUCCGUCCCGAUUCAACCUGUACAAUCUGCUCGCAAUAAUGUUCGGCAAGGUGCCACCGUCGAACACACCGGGGCCGCCAGCAACGAACUGUGUGAGGCCCACCGGAACCGCGUGUCUGCCGUGUUUCUCGGUCGACGAGGCGCCGGUCGUCACCGAGGAGAAGAAACAGUGGAGACCGAAGGACUGCGCCCCGGUCGUCUCCGAGGCGCCCGUGGGAGAGGAGAAGCUCCGAAGAUCGAAGGAAACUUGCAACGCUGUCUUCGAGCCGCACUGCGUCAACGAGGACAAACCGAAGCCGAGGAGGAGCAAGGAAACGUCUUCCGAGUGUCCCACGAUCGACGAUAAGAAGCCUUGGAGGUCGAAGGACUCGAGCACCUCGGCGAGCGUGGACGUUACUUCGGGUACUUCGUUCAGGACUGAACCGAAGAACGCUUGCGGUAAAUACUCGAAAGAGACGUGUAGAAAUCUCGUGACGAAGAGUGCCGCGACCAAUGUUAAUCACAAGUGCGCGAAUUCAAACAACUGCAAUUUUGCGAAAUCGUCGACCGGCGCGACGAAGUCGCAGAGGCUCGGUCCGAUCAGUUUGAGCAACUCGAACGUCGAAGGGUCGAGGGAGAAGUCGACGAAGAAGCAUCGCGAGUUUCUCGGCAAAGAGCAACAUCUGCCGGGAGGAAAAUCUCUUUCGAGGGAGGCGCAGAGAAACGUGGCUAUGCUCAAACCUUCCAGCAGGUCUUCCGAGCAUUCGAGCGGGAAAAGUCGACCAGACGACGUGCCGGUCGACGCGUCGAUGGACCUCGUCGCAAUCUCCGCGAUCCAGUCGUCCGUCGAAUCUUGCCAGAAGAAGACGUGCGACAAGGACACCGUGGACGCCGCUGCGUCAACCUGCGAACAGCAGAACUGCAGAGGGGACUUUGUCACUUCCACGCCAGCGAAAGACUGGAUGAAAUCCAAUGGCAACGUGUUGCAACAAAGCUGCGUUGCGUGUCUGCCGAAGGAUCUCCCGACGGAAUUGCAGUUAUCUUUGCCGCGGUACAAGGAUCGAGAAAAGUGCCGCGAUCCAUGGCGACCCACCGAAAUGGAAAGCAAUAUUUGCAACCUGAACGUGUGUCCUGCCGAUAGUUAUCAGGAUACUGGCUCAAAAAGGAGAACGGGUGCUUCCUGCCAAGCUUUGAGGCACGCCGUUGCAUCGCUCAACCGAUUGGACGACUUUUACAUGGAGAAAAUCGGUGCUGGAUUCUUUUCGGAGGUCUUUAAGGUUACUCACAAAGUGACGAGUCAGGUGAUGGUCCUGAAGAUGAACCAGCUGGCCGCGAACAGGCCCAACAUGCUGAAAGAGGUUCAGCUGAUGAACAAGCUCAGCCAUCCGAACAUACUCAGGUUUAUGGGAGUAUGCGUGCACGAGGGUCAGCUGCACGCCCUGACAGAGUACAUAAACGGCGGCAGCUUGGAGCAGCUGAUUAUGUCCAGGCACACGCCCCUUCCUCAUCUGGUCAGAAUGAAUCUGGCGAGGGACGUGUCCCGCGGCAUGACGUACCUGCACAGCCGCGGGAUCUUCCACCGGGACCUGACCUCGAAGAACGUGCUGAUCAAGAAGGACGACAACACGUCGGAGUUGAUGGCGGUAGUCGGUGAUUUCGGGCUGGCGGCGAAGAUCCCGGAUCCGAGCUCAGGGUUCAGGCUGAGCACGGUAGGCAGUCCUUACUGGAUGUCGCCCGAGUGCUUGAAGGGCCAAUGGUACGACCACAGAUCCGAUGUAUUCUCGUUCGGGAUCGUGGUCUGCGAGCUGAUCGGACGUGUGCCGGCCGAUCCGGACGUUCUGCCACGCUCGGAUAACUUUGGCCUCGAUUACCUGGCCGUGGCUGAGAUAUGCGCGGCAGCUGAUCCGCCGCCAGCCUUCCUUCAACUUGCCUUCUAUUGUUGUACGUACGAGCCAAAAUCGAGGCCAACCUUCCCGGAGAUCACGUCCAGUCUGGACACCAUGAUCGUUAAUUACGAGGAAGAGUUGAAAAGCAACAUCGGAAAGCCUCAGUCCGUGGAUCCUGCUCUGAUGUCUAGCAUGGACGAGAUAACGCGAGAGGGACGGACAAUGAAGCGGAAGACCGCUCGUCUGCGAAGUCAAUCGGCGGACGCGAGAGGCUGUCACAACGCGACGCCCUCUGAAAAGGCUAGGUGUCAUUCCGCGAGGCGGGUGGCCGAGCUAGCCAGCAGAAGGGACCCGCAUUACAGGCCCAUGACGGCGAAUCCGUUCCACGCGCUGGGCGGUGUCAAGAAAAUCCUUGGCAAUCUGUUCUCCAGCUGUUUAGAACUGCCGUCUCUCGAGGACGUCAGGCCGAGCGUCAUCGAUGCGAUCGGGAAGUUCAAACCAGCGCAGAAUGACAGUAUCGCCAAGAUCUUGGACAGGAAGAAACCGAACUCGGAACCGAGUAGUCCGACUGCUAGGAAGAAGUGGGAGAGAAAGGUGGCCACGAAGGCGGGCGCAGCCAGCCUAUUCACUCAUCCGCUUUUCCGGGAUGGAUGGGAGCCGCGGCGGCGUGGCAGCUGCGAGUCUGGCUUCUGGAGCUGCGUGGGCGAAGAUCUCAGCCCCGAGCCUCCCAAUCGUCGGCACACCUCCACGCUGAGCAGCUCCGCCGCGAGUAGUCUGUUCCUUUUGGACGAUCACCGGACCAGCUCGAUCUAUACCGACUCGUCCGAAGAUAUCGCGAGUCUCGGUGGCGGUGACUCGUGCUGGGAGGACAGACUGGGUGGCAUCGGGUCUUCCAGUAAAACGAUCUCGAAGAUCGUCGAAUACUUCGAGAGGAAGCAGGCGGGCAGUUUCCGGCUCGCCGAUCACGAUGCCGGUUCUAGUAGGUUAACAUUGUUGAAAGCGAGCUUAGAGGGUCCCGUUCCUCUGUGCAGUAUGUCCGCUGCGCAGAGGUUAGUCGUUUGCGAGGGCGCGGUACGCAGCAAGUUGCCCCUGUUCGAUAAGAAGUGAUACGAGUCGUCGUUAGAGUUUCUUGGCUCGCCGAAGAUACUCGUGGCGGUGCGCGCGUGACGAAGCGCGACGCAUCGGGAUUAAGAGGAAUGGGUAUGUACGAUUGGAGUACUCCGUACGGUCUGUAAAAAGUUGAAUGAUCCGGUAUCGCGCGGAAGACGAGCUGAGACCGAGAAGCCGUUAUAUAUUUUUAUUGGACUUCAUGACGGAGAUGGUGCAGCGGAUGCAAGGUCAGUAUUAAUGAUCAUCGGGUUGGAGUUCAAUGAAAAUAUAAUGAAACACGCGUUCAGCGGACGCUUCUCUAAAAUCUAGUAACCCGACUGUGAUGUUUUUUGAUAAUCUACAUACAUUAUUGACCCCAACGACUAUGUUCGACGAAGCUGUCCGACGAGGGGUUCGUCUUUCGCGCGUUGUUCCGUCGUCAGUGCACUUUAAAAAAAAAUCUUUACCUACUCGCCGCAAUAGAUUAGACGGAUUUUAAACAGUUUCCUUCGAUUUAGAUAUGCCAAAAAAUAAUGAUAAUGUCAAUGGAACGAUUUCGCGCGAUAACGGGACGUUUAACUUUCGUUGUAGAGUACAUAAAAAAAUUUGUUCAAACGCGCCGGUUCAGAUGUUUACAGUGACGAGGGAUUGAGAGAAGCAAUAGACACACGUUUAGUUCCAGACUGCGGCAAAUUGAAUGCCAGUAGACGAAGGAAAAAAUAAACGCUGCUCACGUUCUUACCUUUUGCAGUGCCUCGCAGUUCCUAGUUAGCCACCUCCGUCCUUAUCCCACACGUAAACCGACUUUUUGUCACUAAACGACGAUCAGAAAAGAAAUCAUUCUAUCCCAAACGGUUCCCUCCUUUGAUUAAUUCGUGUUCGAGUUCACUUUUAACGCCGAUAUCGGAGUUGCAAAUGCGUGAACUUUGCGUUGAGAAACGAAGACGAGAACAAUGUACAAGAAAAAGCGGCACCGUUCAUUUUUACUUUUAUGGAUUUUAAUUAUAUUUUAUUCGCGAGAACUUUUAGAGAAUAGUAUUUUACGAAUACCAUUGAAUCCAUGUUUUUCGAACUGUUUUUUAAUUUUCUAGAAAAAAGUGCCGUCUUUUCGCGUACAGCGUUGAGAGUAAUUUGGCGUGUGAAGUUCGUCAGGGCCUACGCUGUGCUUAUACGAGUUUUUAAAGUAACGCUUCCGCUCGCGCGGGAGAUACUUCCCCAAGGCGCGAUGAUACCGUCGCGCCUCGUAGAUUAGUACUCAGGAUGCGAGACAAGACAUAUAAUAUAUUUUGUUGAAAGAGAUAUCAUGUCCUGAAUACAUAUUUUUGUUGAUACGAGAGAACAAUUGGGACCGACGUUGAUGGUCCCGCGCACUCUGAAUUAAUCGAGAGAAAGCGAGUGCGAGAAUGAAAGAGCAAACGAAACUGAUCUAGUCAGUGUAUUAUCGUGGCGGCCUUAUCUUUUGUAUGUCGUAGCGCUAAUAACUUAAGUGUUCCAAGGAAAGUUAACAAACGAGCAAAAGUACACGGCAACCCGUUCAAAACCACGAAUCGUGGUAGUUAACAAAUUAGCGAACGAACCGGUAACGAUACGUCGACAGAAGGGCAAAUGGAACGGAUUGUGAAUGAUUUCUUGAGUGCGUGAGAAUUUACGAAGUUUAGGAAAAGCGCCUUCGAGUUCGUGUCUCUAUCGCACCGUAUAUUACUUAGUUAUAGGUAAAAUUGGGGUUCGUUGAUACAGAUAUGAACUCGAUGCGGUACGCGAAGUGUGUCAGUCUUUGAUAUUCACGCAGAUACAGUUUCCCGAUAUGUAUUACUUUUAAUCUUGGACUAACUCCAACUUUAAAUCGGACGCUUUAAUUUAUUAUUCAAUUCGACGCGUCGCACCGAUAAAUUAAAUUUCAAUUUUGAUUAUUCCUCGGAAGACUGUGUGUGCGUGGAUGAGAAUUUGUGUAACUAAUAAUUAAAAUAUGUAUUCGCUCGCGUGAAUCGUAUGGUCGCCGUCUCGAAGGUGGCCGGACGAGUCGAACCAAAUUUCUACUAGAAAUAAUACACUACUAUACCUUUUUACUUGUCAGAGUUCGUUCACGGGUUCUACUUGAUAAGACUGCGUGUUUGUUAAAUAAUAUGUAUGUAAGUAGUAGGUCCCGAUGUAAGUUCGCAGUCCCUUCUUCCUUGCCUAAUGGAACGCACCAUACGUCGUCCACGAACCAGAAGAUUCUUCCUUUUUAUCUUUCCGAACCCCCUUUGGUUUUCAAGAGUAUCGAUCGACGGCCCCCGUUUUCUUAACUUUCAGUCUUCCCCGUUUGAGACGAAACCACUCUGUACCUGUUAUUUUCGCAGUCGAUCGUUAUCUAGAAGAACGAUGCGUUCUGCUUCGAUACGUCAAUCGGUACCUGAAGAUACAUUGAAGCUAGGACUGCGAAUCAAGUAAUUAUUUUUAAUAGUUCGCGGACAUAUCAGGAGUUGGGCAUAUCCUGAAGAAUUUCGUUUCUCGUGUGAAAGGAUGAGAAAGAAAGGUAAGGAUUUCUGUAUGUGUAUGAGUGGUAGAGAGAGAUAGAGAGAGAGAGAGACAAUGAUUAAUAAGAGGGUACGCUGGAGAUGCAAGACCGAGAGGCGCAUUUUUAUGAAGAGGGUUAUUUAUUUUAAGUAAAAACAGGUAUAUUAUAGAUACAGAGAGAAGUCCACACUUAAAUCGUCUCUUCCAAUACUUUUUUCGAUUGCACGUCCGCGUGAUCGAACGUGGCACGCGUGGACAACUAGCUGUACAUAUUAUUAUUACAAACGAAAGAAAGGAAAUGUAAUAAUACUAUUUCUUCGUGUCGCGAUUCCAUUCGGUCAACAUCGUUACGCUAUACAAAAUGGGACUUUACGUACUUAUGAUCAUUCGAUAUAAAUAAAACACUUGCGAUGGGAGAAAACCACGGAUGACGAUGAUAAUAACAAUUCUAAUAAACUAAGAAUUAAUAACGGUAACGAAUGCGAGAGAAAAGAGAAAGAUUUCAGCGAAUCUAUAUAUAUUAUAUUAUAUAUAUUGUAAAAAAAUUCCUAUAUACAAAAAAUAAAGUUAAGGAUGCAAUUUUUACCAAAA